AUGGCUACAGAGGCAAUCGUCCCUCUGAAUGUCCUUACAGAGCUCACCUUUCUGGAGCCGGACAUCAUCUUUCAGUCAGAAAAGCCGUAUCGGCUUCGUUAUGAUCCCGGAGACGAGAUUCCACGAACCAAUUGCAAAUCUCAAGUCCAGAGCAACAUCUUGAUCCACGAUAUUCGUGGUAGAGAGAGCUCGUUCAGCUUGGACAACAAUGGCUUUGAAAUCUUGACACUAGAUUCUAAGUUGGGGCCGGAAGAUUUCUAUGAUCGCGAAAAGGUGCAGGCUGUGUAUUACAAAGAGCUCCAGCAGCUUUUGAGGGACAGGUUCGGUCCCAAACGGGUCGAGAUACUGGAGCAUGGUAUCAGGAGGAGACACGCGGAGUUCCCGAUAUCGAUUGGAGGAGACUACGACCAUCUCCAGCCUACGUCAAUAAUUCAUAUUGGUCUUUCGCCAUGGCUCAACGGGGAACAGAAUCCAUUGCUGACAUGCUUAACUUGCUCAUCCAUUACCAUCGGUAGCUUGAGGUUGACAUCGUCCAGUAUUUGGAAGCCAUUGCGGGGCCCUUUGACCGAUUGGCCACUCUCGGUAUGCGAUGCUCGAUCCGUGAGCAUCGAGCAGGAUUGCGAAGCAACCGAUGUGGUCGAAAGGACCGGCUUUACGGAGAACUACCAGGUCUACUUCAACCCUGCGCAGCAUUUCUGCUAUCUGAACAGGCAACUCGCAUCCGAACUGGUCGUCUUCCGUCAGUCCGACACAAAACCAGGUUGUACCACUGCAGGAUCUCCUCAUGCCGGUUUUCGCAAUCCAAACACAAUGCCAGGAGAGCAUCCCAGAGAAAGCAUUGAGACUCGCGCGUUUCUGUAUUAUUGA